GUAGGCGUAGCGUAACGUAUGCAUAAGAGAGCCUGAAGAAAAAAGAAAAGAGGGUGUUUCGACUUGAUCCGAGUCUGAGACCAGGAUAGUCCCACCGCGCGCAGAAAGUGGGCUCUGUCUGCGUAAAGAUCCACAGACUCCAGAGACAGGCUGAAAUUUACAUUGGCAGAGCUACUUUUUUUUAACCGUCCUAACCUUAGAUCUGUUUGAUUGCUCAUGCUUGCAACUGAUGAGGAAUUUAAUUAAAAAGUGAGCCUGUCUCUGUCUCUUGCGCACAACUGGCAGAAGUGACAUCUGAGCAUCUUAGAGUUUUUAUUUUCACUGUAGCUUUUAAGACAUGGCCAAGUUAUUCCGAGCUGCUAUCAUGGGUCCACCGGGAUCAGGGAAAGGAACGAUAUCCAAGAGGAUUGCGCAAAGUUUUGGCCUGCAGUAUCUGUCCAGUGGUCAUUUUCUACGAGAGGGCAUAGCGGCAAAAACAGAGGCAGGCUUGCUGGUGAAGACCUAUGUAGAGAGAAGCAUGCUGGUGCCUGACCAUGUGAUGACCAGACUGAUGCUGCCCAGACUGGAACAGCUGAGCGGUCACAGCUGGCUGCUGGAUGGUUUCCCCCGCACACUCGGACAGGCUUUGGCCCUCAACAAUUUGUAUCAGCUAGACUUGGUUAUCAGCCUUAACAUCCCCUAUGAGACUCUCAAGGAGAGACUGAGCGACCGCUGGAUCCAUCCAGCCAGUGGCAGAGUCUACAACAUGGGCUUCAACCCUCCCCAAGUGCAGGGUAAGGAUGACAUCACAGGAGAGCCACUGAUUCAGCACGAUGACGACAAGCCGGAGGCUCUGAUGGCCAGACUGAGACAUUACAAAGAUGUGGCAAAACCCGUAAUUGAUUUGUACAAGUCACAAGGAAUCCUGCACUCAUUUUCCGGUACAGAGACAGACCGGAUUUGGCCUUAUAUCAAUUCUCUCCUCAGCACCAAGAUGCACACACAGCCAUCAGAUACCUGCCAGGCUCAGACACCAUGAGUCUACCCCGAAUGAACAAAAAACAAAGGGGAAGGGGGGGAGGAAGUGCAGUGGUGCCUUUACGUACUGGCCUGGUGUCAGCUUUCGGUUUUGUUAUUAAGAAUGAGCUUUGGAACAAUGGACCAGGUCACUGACACACAUGUUUCUCAUUAACUGUCCAGUUUUCCAAACGAAAGGUUGUAUGAAAAUUUCCAAAGACUUAUAGAAUGAAGAUUGUGACAAAUUCUGAUUCAGAAUCCUGACAGUCAAACAUUCAAGAUCAUUCAAGCCUGCUAAAAACCAAAAUGCUUAAACAUCCAAAUUUUGCACAACAUUUUCAUUAAUCAGUUUAUCACACAUGAAUUUUGAUCUUCAGUUGCUCCAAUCCAACCACUGAAUAAGCCAAUAUGGAAAAAGUAAACACUAAUGUGUGAUUUUAUUUUAUAGUAAAUCCAAAAAACGGUGGGGAAAAUAAUAGUCACAUGAUUAAAAACACUUACAGUUUUUAAAAUAUAAAUCACAGCAUAAAAUAUUAUCACAUUAUUGCCUAGAAAACACACACACAAAGAGUAAAUCUUCUUAUGCAAUUGCCUUAACUGAGCAAUAGUAAUGUUCAUCAUCGCCUCUUAUAUGAAAACAUCAUUUGAGUUAUUUUUUUCUUAUACACUAGAAACCUUUAAAGCCUGUGUGCUACA